GCGAGGGGCGGGAAAAGGCCAUACGACGAAGUUUUUCCACUGGAAAACUACUGUCACGUAAAGGCAGUUCCAGCCCCAUUUGUCUCGCCAGCUGACAGAUCUGACGAAGUCAAGAGCGCCGUUAUUGCAUUGUGUCCACAUUCAGUCAUUGCAAAGCACAGCUUGCAGUUGAACAACGUUCAAGCUGGCAACCACAUCCCCGAAAUACUGGCACACUGCAAGAACAGUGCAGUUCUUCAGGAAGUGUGUGCAAGCAAAAACUCACCACAUGAACCAAAAGUGAUGGAAUUCUACCAGGAACAUGUCAUCAUUGAUGAAAUGACAGCAGCAACAUUCAUGAGUGACACCUUGCACAACAAGGUGCUGUGGUUAGAGCAGAGAAAAGUCCGGAUAACUGGUACAACAUGCUACCCUUUGUACACUUACAAGAAAGAAGACUGGAGAAAAAAGGUUCACACUACACUCCACGCCACGUUUACUGGCAAUCAAAACACCCAGUAUGGAAUUUCCAUGGAGGGCAAAGCACGCGAACUGUACAGACAACAAGGAAACAGUGAGACAGUGCUGUGUGGACUUGUGGUGCCUUCAAGCAAUCCGUGGCUCGGUUUCACGCCAGAUGGUAUUGUGUUCCAGAACGGCACACCAGAAAGGCUACUGGAGAUCAAGUGUCCUGUUAAAGGCAAAAAAGACACUGCCAAUGCUGUUGCUGCUGGUUGCAGUUUUCUCACGUGUGUUGAUGGCUCUUACAAGCUCAAGGAGAGACACACGUAUUAUGCACAAGUUCAGCUUGGCAUGGCUGUUUUAAAUGUUGCGAGCUGCGACUUUGUUGUAUAUUCAAGUUUCGACAACACCAUCUGUGUUGUGAAAGUCCCCUUCAACAGGGAUUUCUGCUUACGCAUGCUUCUUCACUUAAAGGCUAUAUAUUUUAAACACAUUGUGCCCAUUCUUUGUGACACUGAAGCGAACAAACAAAAGUGAUUGUGUGUGAAGCUCUUCCAUGUGUAAAGUCAGACAAAUGAAUAGAUCAUUU